AUGAAUUAAAAGGAAGAGAGAAUACUUGAAUAUCUUGAUAACUUAAAACUACAAAUGACGGAUCCUACUCAAAAGUAGUAGGAUUUUUAUGAAUCAAAAAAGCACAAAAUUCUUAAUUUAGAACAUAAGCACUGCGACAGCGAUCCUUCCUCUCCUUUUUCACUUAGAGAGGCACUAAGCCCAAUAUCUCUAUUUCACACGCAUAGUGUUAAAUUAUGUGAUAUUAAUAAUGAUAAUACUAAUAGUGAUAAUCAUCACCAUCAUAACCAACAGAUUCAUCAUGCUUCUCAUUCAUUCAAAUUGCAUCUGAACAUACAUGCAUUCACUGGUAAGAAAGUAGAAAUUUGA